GUCAUCAACUUCCGAUGUCAGGGGCUCCCUGGGAGACGGAGCAGAAAAAGCGGGCAUAGCGAAAUCUUUAUUGUUUUGUAUCACGUUUAAACUUCCGAAGGCGCUGAUUUCUGGCUUACAAAGUCAAAUAACUUCAAUUUGUAGGUCAGUGAUCCGUUGGGAGUUGCAUCUAGCUCGGGAAAGUGUCUCAUUCAUUCGUCCGUAGUGUGUGUUGCAGCAGGCCUAUUCUUCUGGACUUUGCUACAAGCUAGUCGGCUAACGUUAGCAGGCUAACGAGCACGUUUUUCUUUCUGAAUCAUUCAUGUUUGUUACGUUGUAAAAUACACACCACAACGCUUUAUGCGUGUGUUGGUUAUUCGUUUUUGGUAAAUCCGUCGUGAAAUUAUCCGCUCGUCAAAGCUAAUUCGUCGAAGGUAUUUCAAGCUAACCGCUUGUGUUUAAAAGUGUAGCUCACUUUGUUGCUAGCUGAAGCUAGCCACCGCCGACUGAACAACGCAGUCCCAGAGAGCGUAACAGGCUUCCACCCAGAGAUGUCGGACUACGACGAGUUUGAGAGACAGUUGUCUGAAAACAAGCAAGCGGAAAGGGACAAAGAGAACCGCCACCACCGCCGCUCCUCGUCCCGCAGCCGCAGCAGAGAGAGGAAACGGAGGAGCAGAGACAGGGACAGACGCAGCAGGGACCGCCGUGGAGACAGUAAGGAGCGAAGACACAGGCGCAGCUCACCAUCCAGCUACCCCCAAGACAAAGCUGGAAGCCGUUCUCCUCAUCGUGAGAAGAAGAAGAAGGUGAAGAAGUACUGGGAUGUUCCUCCACCGGGUUUUGAACACAUCACUCCCAUGCAGUACAAAGCCAUGCAAGCGGCCGGACAGAUCCCAGCCACGGCCCUGCUGCCCACCAUGACCCCAGAUGGCCUGGCUGUUACCCCCACCCCAGUGCCUGUGGUGGGCAGUCAGAUGACCCGGCAGGCUCGCCGCCUCUAUGUGGGCAACAUCCCAUUUGGCAUCACAGAGGAAUCUAUGAUGGACUUUUUUAAUGCUCAGAUGCGUUUGGGGGGUCUGACUCAGGCCCCUGGGAAUCCUGUGCUUGCAGUACAGAUCAACCAGGAUAAGAACUUUGCCUUCCUGGAGUUCCGUUCGGUGGAUGAAACAACACAGGCGAUGGCCUUUGAUGGCAUCAUCUUUCAAGGCCAGAGCCUGAAAAUCCGCCGCCCGCACGAUUACCAGCCUCUGCCUGGCAUGAGCGAGAACCCCAGUGUCUAUGUGCCGGGUACACAGACAAUUAAUGGUGUGGUGUCCACAGUGGUGCCAGAUUCGGCUCACAAGCUCUUUAUAGGUGGUUUGCCAAACUACCUGAAUGAUGACCAGGUGAAGGAACUGUUGACAUCAUUUGGCCCGCUGAAGGCCUUUAAUCUGGUGAAAGACAGCGCCACAGGCCUGUCUAAAGGAUACGCUUUCUGUGAAUAUGUUGACGUCAACUUGAAUGAUCAGGCUAUUGCCGGGCUGAACGGCAUGCAGCUGGGAGACAAGAAGCUCCUGGUGCAGAGAGCCAGUGUGGGCUCCAAGAACGCCACUCUGACAACCAUAAACCAGACGCCUGUGACGCUGCAGGUACCGGGUCUGAACAGCUCUGUGACUCAGAUGGGUGGCCUGCCCACCGAAGUGCUGUGUCUGAUGAACAUGGUGGCCCCAGAGGAGCUCCUGGAUGACGAAGAAUAUGAGGAGAUCGUGGAAGACGUGAGGGAGGAGUGCAGCAAGUACGGCCAAGUCAAGAGCAUCGAGAUCCCUCGCCCUGUGGACGGCCUGGAGGUGCCCGGGACCGGCAAGAUCUUUGUGGAGUUUACUUCAGUUUUUGACUCCCAGAAGGCCAUGCAGGGGCUGACAGGAAGGAAGUUUGCCAACAGGGUGGUCGUGACAAAAUACUGCGAUCCAGAUGCUUAUCACCGCCGGGACUUCUGGUAGAUGGGGUGGUGGGUAACUGUUUGGGGGGCGGGGGGAGGGACGGUAAUGUUAUGUAAAUUGCCCAUUUCCAGACCAGCCCUGGGAGUAAUUCGGUUGAGCAACAUUUCAGGUAGAUCUUUGACUUUUAAUCAUUUGACGAAUGACUUCUGUGAUAUUCAGUUUAUUGUUUCAGAUCUACAUGACAUGUCCAGCUGUUAAAACCUAUAUUUGUGAUCGUGAGGGAUGAAGGUCGGGGUUUAUAAUGAAUGCAUAACAGAGCUAGGUUUGGGUAAUAGUUGUGUAGCUGGGUGGGUGGGGAAGGCCAUGAGGAUUUUUGAGAAAUGUGUGUAUUAAAAAAGGGCCAGGGGUGGGGUUUACAGUUUCUUUUCUUUUUAUACUUUGUCCGACCUGAGUGUCUGCUUUGAGAGAAAGUUGGAAGGGAGGGGAACUCCUUACUUUAAAGGUUUGUAUUUAAAGCCUGUUUUAAAUAAAUUCAAAAGGAGCUGCCGUACAGAACGACAAGACAAUUCUGACUGAAAAGAGUAGAGGAGAAAAAAGUAUGGAGUAUGCGUUUGUGAAAGGGAGAGGAAGCAGAAGAAGAAGGGCAUUUUCAGUUGAUUUAAUGUAGAUACACGGUAGCUGUAAGAACAUCCACUUGUUUGUCAUCAGCGAUGGAGAGGAAAAUUGUUUUAUUUCUGUUAUCUCUUUGUGUUCCUUCGUUUAAUCACUCUGCUGCCCCUCCGUCUGAUUGGACUCUGAUUGUCAGCUGUAAUCGUUCUGAUAUGUGCGUAGCUUCUCUGAUUCGAGCUGUAAUGUCACCUUGUAUUCAGUCUGCAAAGUAACACAAACUGCUGAAAGAAAAAUUUCAAUGAUUCCAUUUGCAUUUUCUUUCUUUUUCUUCCUGUAACUUUUCAUGCCCAGGUUUUGUUUUGUGAACUGCUCUUUAUAUUUUGACCCUGAUUCAGAAUAAGACAACAGAGAAAACAAAAAGCAGAUUUCUAUUCAGUGAAUGAGGAGGGGAUACAUCUCAUCUUUUACCAGCAGGCCUUAACGUUAUUAAAUCAAUUUGCUUUGGAGAGAAAUUUGGCUUGCCUCUCUUUCAGUGAUGUCUGUACUUUCAUACGUGUCACAAUCUUGUACCCUGGACAGCUCGGUUUUCUUCUUGGAUGUUAAAUGUGUUGGAUCCAGUACGUUUUUGUGCAACAUCUCACCUUCUUUGACAAGACCAAAUAAACACAUGACUAAAAUCCCACGACUCAUGUUGUCCUGCAAAAUGAAACCAAAUUCAGCCGUUUUAUGUCUGUCAGCAGAUUUAUCAAAUUAAUGCAUUUAUUGGCCAACACUGGCCUGUUCCAUAACAUUUGGACUCUGUACAGAUGAAUCAGGCCUGUUUCUGCUGCAGUCAGGAUGUUGCAACAUGCUGUAUGCCCCAACCAACUCAUUUCUACCACUCCCUCAGUCCUUUCACUUUUAUUCCUGAAGGACCACGUUUCACACUGUCUGGGCUUGAUGAUAAAACUUUCAUUUCAAAUUCACGGCUCCGCGAGAUGGCGCUUAAGAGUGUGGCAGAAAUAACACUUUUGAAAUGUUACUCCUUACUUUUUCAAAGUCUUCUGUGUCUGUGUCGAUUUCAUUUUUUUUUCCUCUGAAAACAAACGUGAUUUCUUAAAUGAUUUAAACCUAUUAAAAAAAGCAGCAUCUAGUUUGUACAAGCAGUCUUUUGUUUGUCCAGUUUGUUUCCAAAUGUUGAUUAAAAGCUGAAUUUACAUGA